UAAAGAUAAGAGAAUGACACCUAGUACUGGGGUGAGUCAAGGCUGCCACCACCUCCACCCCAGCUGACAGGACGUGUACGGUCGGCCUCCUGAGGUAACAUCUUAAAGUGUUAGCUAAGAUAACCCAUCAGGAUCAAACUUGGAAGCAAGAAAAUCUGCAGAUUGAACACUUUUAAAUAUGAUGCAGUUUAUGUUAUUAUUCAGCCGGCAAGGCAAACUACGUCUACAAAAAUGGUAUGAAGCUCAUCCAGAUAAAGUAAAAAAGAAGAUCACCCGUGAACUCAUCUCCACAAUACUUGCUAGAAAGCCAAAAAUGUCUUCCUUUCUUGAGUGGAAGGACCUCAAAAUUGUGUACAAGAGGUAUGCAUCACUGUACUUUUGCUGUGCCAUUGAGCAACAAGAUAAUGAGUUGUUGACCCUAGAGGUGAUCCACCGAUAUGUUGAACUGCUCGACAAGUAUUUUGGAAGUGUGUGUGAACUAGACAUCAUCUUCAACUUUGAGAAGGCAUACUUUAUGCUGGAUGAGCUGAUGGUUGGAGGAGAAGUCUGUGAGACCAGCAAGAAAAAUGUGCUCAAGGCAAUUGCCCAGGACCUGCUGCAGGAGGAGGAGACACCUCAGGGUCUGUUCGAAGACCAUGGGCUGGGUUAACUGUCAGGCUGGCUGGGUAUUACCACAUUCUGAAAGAGACAAAGAGAAAAAAAAGUGAAAACGAAAAAAACAUAUAUAUAUAUACUAUACUGUAGUAAGA